UUGGUAUCACUGCCAGCAUAAUAUAAAUGACAGCUAUAUACUCAAACUUAUUUUUGAUGAUUAUUUUGGCAACGUUUUGAUACGAUAUCAACUGUCCAACGUGCUUAUGUGUAAAAUAGCAUAUUUUCAUAGCUGAAUUUUUGUAUUGAGUGCUUUGUGAUGUUGCUUUUAGUGGCAGUUUAAAAAUAAAUUGUGAUAUUUAUGUUCUUGCACACCAUACUUAUAGGAACCAGAAGGAAGGAGUUAAAAUUAUAAUAAUGCCCUUAUUUGGAAAGAAAGAUCCAGAGAAGAAGAGUAAAAAGGAGUCCAAAGAUGCAGAGAAACCUCAAUGUGUAGAGGACAAAUACACAUUGAAGGACUUGCUAGGAACGGGUGCCUUUUCGGUUGUAAGGCUAGGUGAAAGUAAAGAGCAGCAUGGCCAAUUGUACGCUAUUAAAAUUAUAGAUAAGAAGGCUCUGAAGGGUAAAGAAGAUUCUUUAGAGAACGAAAUUAAGGUUUUACGGAAAUUAACUCAUCAUAAUAUCGUGCAGCUUUUAGAGACUUAUGAGGACAAAUCUAAAGUUUACUUAGUAAUGGAAUUGGUUACCGGAGGUGAGCUUUUCGAUCGUAUCGUCGAAAAAGGGUCGUAUACCGAGAAGGACGCGUCCGGUCUGAUUCGUCAAGUUUUGGAAGCCGUCGACUAUAUGCACGAGCAAGGUGUUGUACAUCGCGACUUGAAACCCGAAAAUUUACUAUACUACAGUCCGGAUGAGAACAGUAAAAUUAUGAUUAGCGAUUUUGGAUUGUCCAAAAUGGAAGACUCGGGUGUGAUGGCGACGGCGUGCGGUACUCCAGGUUAUGUUGCUCCCGAAGUACUCGCGCAGAAGCCUUACGGUAAAGCGGUCGAUGUUUGGAGUAUAGGUGUGAUAUCGUAUAUAUUACUUUGUGGUUACCCUCCAUUUUAUGAUGAAAAUGACGCGAACCUUUUUGCGCAAAUACUUAAGGGGGAAUUCGAAUUCGAUUCGCCAUACUGGGACGAAAUUAGUGAUUCAGCAAAGGAUUUUAUAAGACAUUUGAUGUGUGUUAAUGUGGAAAAGCGCUAUACUUGCCGACAAGCUUUAGGUCAUCCAUGGAUAUCAGGAAAUGCAGCUAGUAAUAAAAAUAUUCAUGGUACUGUUGCCGAACAGUUGAAAAAGAACUUUGCUAAAUCACGUUGGAAACAAGCAUAUCAUGCAACAACGGUUAUCCGUCAAAUGCAACGAAUGGCUCUCAAUAGCGGUGGUAGUGGGUGCCGUAGUCCCAUAUCUCAACGUAGCAUGUCAAGUAUGUCCGGCGGUGAGGCCUGCGGUAGUGUAAAUGGAUCCCAAGAUAAGUAAUUUAAUUUUGAAUAUCUCCAUUUAGCAACCAUUUAAGAACAAAUUGUUAUUUUUUUAGAAUGAGUUACGUUAGCUUUUAUUUGCUUAAUAAUUUGAAAAUUUUGUGACCAAAACGUUGCUACGAUGAUUGUAUCAUUUGACUCAUUCUAAAAACGCAUUUUCUUUUAAAGAUUUGGUCUGUUUGGACCAUCGCUCACGUAAAAAGACUUCCAUACUGAAAACAUGUGAUUUAUAUAUCAUACUAAACGUAACAGACUUAUAGUUUUACACAGGAUUUGAGCCAUAUCCCUUAGAGAAUAUUUAAUUUUUUUUAUAGGCGGCCUAUGUUCCACUUACUUUCCAUUACUUAA